GUUGGACAAGUGGGAAAGGCAGCGCAUCUAAUAUAUAUCUUUCCUCAUCCUUGUUUUGUACUAUUUGCAAACCACAACUCAACUAACAACAAGUUGCUUUUUAUUUAAUCAAAUCAACUCAUCAUUUAUCCCACUUCCCACUUACAUUACAUCCAUAUUCAAACAUGUAUCGUCCUCCUUCGUCUUCGGCUUCUUCCUCCUCCUCUUCGUCUCAACAACAGACCUCUUCCCUCACCAGAUACGGUUCUGCACCUGGCUCUCUUCUCACCACCACGGUCGAUGCCGUCAUAGCAUCAGGAGGAUCGCGCCUUUUCCCCCCGGGAACGGGACAUUAUUUCUCCGGUGACUCCACUCAGCAGAGGUCAUCUUCUUCUUCAUACGACGCCUUUGAUGGAUCGGCGUUGCUCCGUCAGAAAAGCUCCCCCGCAGGUUUCCUCAACCAUCUCGCCGCUCACAAUCAUAAUGCGGGGUUCACAAUCACAAGGGGAGAUGGAGGACAAGGGCAAGAAUGUCUUUCUCGCAUAUCUGAAAAUGGUCCACCUUCUUCUUAUGCCGCUACAGCAGCAAAUAAUGGAGGAUUGCAUCAUAGUACCUGGGGGGCUGAUAAUUCAAAUAAUAAUUCUAAUUCGAUAGUAUUUUCUUCAAAUAAUAAGCGUUCUAGAAAUGACAACAACAAUAACAACGACGACGAAGAUCCCGACCUUCUUCUACAUUGCCUCAAUGCCCUCGAAACUCAGUAUAGUCUGCCACAAACAUCUCUUGAAAUGGCAAGCGUUGACAAGCUAUUGCAUAUUCCACAAGAUUCCGUCCCUUGUAAAAUUCGUGCCAAGCGUGGCUGUGCCACUCAUCCCCGUAGUAUUGCUGAACGGGAGAGAAGAACUAGAAUAAGUGGCAAGUUGAAGAAAUUACAGGACCUUGUACCUAAUAUGGAUAAGCAAACAAGUUAUUCAGACAUGCUGGAUUUGGCCGUUCAACAUAUUAAAGGUCUUCAAACUCAAGUUCAGAAGCUUCACGGAGAACUUGAAAACUGCAGUUGUGGAUGCAAACCUAGCACAUAAUCUUAUUUUGUUUUACGAGAUUAAUUCUAUUGCAAUGUGCAUAGAAUAGAAGUCAAGGUUUUGAAGGCAAUGCAUGGAAACUGAUUUUUGUACCUUCCUACUUUAAACGAAUAAUAAUGAAGGAAAUUGUACAGUGUAUGUUGUAAUCUAUCUGUGGUAAACCAUGGCUAUGUAGCCUACGAAAAUAUCUUCCUUUUCACAAAUUCAUAGUUGUGUUUCAAAGUAGAGGUUUAUUUUCUGUUGAGAUUGAUCUGUUAAUUUCUUGUAUGGCUACGUCUAGAGCAAUCUUCGGAUAGAAUUGAAGAUGGGACGAGUUAGAGUCUUAGAAAUUUGACCAAAAAAAGAAAACCAGAUUUAGAAUUAAA